ACUAAAACCGCGUUUUAAAACCAAUUAAAGAAAAACUUAUAAAAAUGUCGCAUUUAAUUUGUUUGGGAGUUGUAUUAAGUUUAGUGGUCCUUAUACAAGCUAUACCACAUCCUCCUGCUACCACAGCAGCUCCUUUAAAACAAACCUAUGAUAAUAGAUUCGAUAAUAUUGAUAUAGAUGAGAUUUUGGGUCAGGAACGUUUACUAAACAAUUACAUAAAAUGUUUAGAAGGUUUGGGCCCGUGCACUCCUGAUGCCAAAAUGUUAAAGGAAUUUACAAAUUUUAGAGACUCUUCCCGACGCUAUAAUGACAAAUUGCGCCAAAUGCACGGAACGUCAGAAAUACGGUUCGGACAAGGUUACGCAUCAUCUUAUCGACAACCGUCCCGAGGAUUGGAAUCGUUUGGAGAAAAUCUACGAUCCGGAGGGCUCUUACCGCAAGGCAUACUUAAUGCAGAAAGAGAAUACUACUAUUAAGAUAGAUAAAGAUGAAAAUCCCGCCAAGGACUGACCCUGUUAUCCCCUAAUGACUAAUGCUUUCAUGUAAUUAUUGUAAAAGUAGUUUUAAGGUCUUUAUUUUUUAUUUUAUAAUAUUUAAUAUUUAGUUAAAAAAAACUAAUGGUAUCAUGAUAAAAUUAAAAGCAAUAUAAUAUUUUUUAAAACAUUUUCGCAUAUUCAUAUUAACAGAACAUUAAGAAAGUUUUUGGAGGCAAAAAAACUUGACUUUUCAUUUCAUAUUUUAACCAACAUUUUUAAUUACUAAUCUUAGGACUGGUUGUAAAUUUGUAUAAAAUAAAUACAAUUGAAAUGAUAAAA